GCAGAACUCUUGCUGACACCACACUCAUCCCAAUGGUGCUGCACAAUACCUGGGUGGUCCUGAUGCUGGUCCUUAGCCUUCGGGGUCAAGUUCAAACAGGGAAAAUCAUCGGGGGAUGCAAAGCUGUCCCUCAUAGCAGACCCUACAUGGUGCUUUUGGAAAUGAAAACUUUGCAGGGAACCAUAUAUUGUGACGGCUUCCUGAUCAGCGAUCAGUUUGUGGUGACAGCUGCUCACUGCCAGGCCCGUAUCUAUAACGUCUAUGUAGGUCUUCAUAAGUUCAAGAAUGAUCAAACUCCGAAGGCCAUUCAAGUGAGUCAAGCAAUUCCACAUGAGGACUACAAUGAAAAACCAAUAUCAAACGACUUAAUGCUACUGCAGUUAAGUGAGAAGGUAAACGUCACAGAGCAUGUCAGACCGAUUAAUUUAGCAAGCCGAGGUGAUCAUCUGCCUCAACGCUGUAUAGUCUCUGGCUGGGGAUUUAGCGAAGAGAAUCCCACCAAGAUGGCCAGCGAGCUGAGGGAAGUUAAUGUUACCCUUGUGAAUCAUACACUCCCUGCUGAUCGCCAUGUUUACUCCUCCCUUGGAGAAAGCGGACCUUCCAAUGGAGACUCUGGCGGUCCACUUGUUUGUGACGGUGAAGUGGCGUACGGUGUUGUGUCAGGCGGCACAAAGAACUUCAAACUGUACACUAAAAUCCCAGACUAUCUUGGUUGGAUUUUAGGCCACAUGAGGAAAAAGUGACACCAGAAUGUCAUCGUUAAUUUGCUCGUGCUUUGUGAACCUUGUUGAUGAAUAAAUCGCUGUUCCACACA